AUGGAGAGCGAGGGGGAUCCCGGGUUAGCGGGGGAGGGCUCCCCGGAGGGUCCCCCGGAGGAUGCCCGGGAUGAUGCCCCGGAGGAGCAGCGCCUGGCCCGGUGCGCGGCGCGGGCGCUGGCGCUGCCCCCGGAGCGCUGCCGGCGCUGGGCGGCGGAUCCGGCGCUCCGCGGUUUCGUGCGGGGCGCGGCGGGGCCGGCGGCGCUGCUGGCCUGGCGGGGCCCGGGCGGGGAGCUGGGAAUGUGCCCCGGGCCGCCCCCGCCGCCCCCCAGCGCCACCAAAGCGCUGUUCUUCCUGCGGCCGCCCGCAGCCGGGCCCGGCCCCGCGGAGCUGCUGUGCGGGGACCUGCCCGCCGAGCCCCUGCCGCACUUCGCUGCCCUGGUGGAGGAGGUGAUUGUGCCCAUCCUGACGAACCGGAGGAACCAUCAGGGCUGGCCACGAGUGGUGUCACAGGACAUCAUCCAUCACGUGCACAGCCUGAAAAACACUGUCUUCAAGGUUGUUGGCCAGGUGAAGGGCAAGACCUUGCUGCCUCUUCCAGCUGCCUCGGAGGGAAUCGAGAACAUUGAUCCUAAAAGUGAGAAAUUCUUGGAGCUGAUCAAUAAACCCCUUGUGCAUGCCACAGAGUCAGCCAUCAUCGAGUGGAGCCAGCAGAUCCAGAGAGUGCUGAGGAAGGAGUCCUCAGAGCCCCUCCUGCAAGGCACCAACCCCACCCCGAAGGUGGAGCUGCAGUUCUGGAGGAGCAGGUGUGCUGACCUGGAGGGCAUUCACAGACAGCUGACAUCCAGGAGGGUCAGCAACAUGCUGGAGGUGCUGGAGAGAGUGCAGAGCAUCUACGUGCCAGCCUUCCAAAGCAUGCUCGGGGAUGUGGAGGCAGCUCUGAGGGAAGCUCAGGACAUCGACCUGCACCUGACAGCCCUGCAGCAGCCCCUGGAGCGCUUGGAGGCUGCUGAGUUCAGCAAGGUGAAGCCUCUCCUGGUGCCCCUGCUGCACGUGGUGUGCUGCAUCUGGGCCAGCUGCCAGCACUACAGCGUGCCCCUGAGGCUGGUGGUGCUGCUCCAGGAGAUCUGCAACCUCCUCAUCCAGCAGGCUGUGGUGUACCUGUCCCCAGAAGAUCUGCUGAAAGGAGAGGUGGAGGAGAGCCUGGGCAAGGUGCAAACAGUGUCUGACGUCCUGAGUGCCUUCAAAGGGGCGCUGGAGGAGAGGAGGGCAAACCUGCAGGUGUACUAUGAGCCAGGCCAGCAAGUGAGGAGCUGGGACUUCCCCUCCAGGCUGGUGUUUGCAAGGCUGGACAGCUUCCUGCAGAGGCUGCACAUGGUGAAGGGCCUCCUGAGCACAGCCCUGGACCUGGCCCAGCUGGAGAAGAUUGAGUUUGGGGGCAUGAGAGGGAAGGCCCUGGGCCAGCAGGUGCUGGCCAUGCACGAGGAGUUCCAGGAGUGCUACCAGGUGUUCUCAGAGCGAGCCUACGACUGCCUGGACCUGGCCAACGUGGAAUUUGAGCAGGAUGCCCUGGAAUUCCAGCAGAAGGUGCAGGACAUUGACCGGCGGCUGGGCACCGUGUUCGGCCAGGCCUUCAGCGACGCCCCGGGCAUGGAGCACAUCUUCAAGCUGCUGGCCAUGUUCCGGAACCUUCUGGAGCGCCCUGGGGUUGCUGCAGUUGCUGCUGACAAGAUCCCUGUCCUGUUCAGCAUGUUCAGCUCUGCCCUGGACCAGGCCAGGCUCACCUACAGCAGGCACACCCAGGCAGGGCUGCAGCUCGGGUUCCCCCCCCUGCACAAGAACGCCCCUCCCGUGGCCGGAGCGCUGGGCUGGGCGCGGGAGCUGCGUGCGCGGAUCCAGCAGCCCUUGGAGCACCUCAGGCACGUCCCAGGGCUGAACUUGGACUCUGCCCGUGGAAGACUGGUGAUGCAGAAAUAUGAAGAGAUGAUCCAGCUGCUCGACAGGUACCAGGAGAAGCUGUAUUUGGACUGGUCCCAGACAGUGUCAGAGAAAUCCCAGUACAACCUGGCCCAGCCUCUCAUCCGACGAGAGGCACAGAGCAAACUGAUCAGGGUCAAUUUUGAUCCCCAGCUGGUGGCCGUGCUCAGGGAGGUGAGCUACCUGAGGCGCAGUGGGGCAGGAGCCAUCCCCCCGGCAGCAGCUGAGCUCCAUGCCUGCAAGGAAUCCCUCUGGAAGCUGGUGGCCAGCCUGGAGCUGAUGGCCAACAGCUACAACAAGGUCCUGAGGUCCCUGCUGGAGGUGGAACAUCCUCUGGUGCAGGGGCAGCUGCAGGACAUCGACGUGAGGCUGAGAGAGGCAGAAGAAACGCUGACCUGGAAGACAGAGGGUGUCUGGGAUCACAUCUCCGGGGUGGUGAGUGAUGUCUGUGACCUGGAGCAGAGGGUGCAGAAGGCCAAGGACAACGUUGAGGAGAUCCAGAGCAUCGUGCGCUCGUGGGGAUCGCCCAUGCUGGAGAGGAGGGACCCCAAGAGGGAGGCAGUGCUGAGCCUGGAGGAGUGCCAAGAGCGCCUGGAGCGGCGCUACAGCCUGGUCAGGGAGGCUGGGCACAGGAUCCACUCCCUGGUGGAGGAAAACCAGAGCCUCCUACGUGCAGAGCCAGCCUCUGAUGCCUGGAAGGGGUAUUUGGAUUAUGUGGAUGAGAUAGUUCUGGAUGGAUUCUUCACUGCCAUUGAGUGCUCCCUGAAAUACCUCCUGGAGAACACAGACCCCAAGGCAGGGCUUGCUCCCCUCUUUGAGGUGCAGCUGGAUUUGGUGAUCCCAGAUUUGGUGUUUCACCCUCCCUUGGACCCUGGCACCAGGGAUGGCUUCUGUGACAUGGUGGAAAGUCUUCUUCAGGGCAUCUUCCACAUCUCCUCGCUGGUGCCCCGGCUGGCUGCACACAGUGGCUUCAGUCACUACCAGGCUGCCCUGGAGGCCAUGCCCUCACUGUGCUCGUGGCGCCAGGAGCUGCUGGCGCGGGCUGAGACAGUGGCCACCGCGUGCCGUGAGCACCGCGCGGGGCUGGAGCAGCGCUUCUGCCACCUCCUGCUGCAGGACAGGAGGGACCUGGGCCACCCCCUACUGCUGCAGGACAACAGGGAGCUGGGCCACCAUCUCCAUGUCCCUACACCUGCAGACACUGAAGAGGGGCUCCCCGAGGCACCGGCCACGCUGCAGCAGUUCAGGGAGCAGCUGGGCUCCUACGAGCAGCUCUACGAGGAGGUGGCUCGAAUGCAGCCCCUCUGCACCUUCCAGGGCUGGCUGAGGCUGGAUGUGCGGCCCUUCAAGGCAGCCUUGCUCAACGAGAUUAAAAGGUGGAGCUUGGUGUUCAAGCAGCACCUCCUGGACCACGUCACACACAGCUUGGCUGACCUGGACGAGUUCAUCCAAACUGCCGAGAGGGGUUUGAGCAGAAAGGUGGAGCAAGGUGACUACAGUGGCUUGGUGGAGGUCAUGGGUCACCUGCUGGCUGUGAAGGAACGUCACAGUGCCACUGAUGCCAUGUUUGAGCCUCUGAAGGAGACCAUUGAGCUGCUGAGGGCCUAUGAGCAGCAGCUGCCUGAGGAAAUCCACCAGCAGCUGGAGGAGCUGCCAGAGAAGUGGGGCCAGGUGAAGAAGCUGGCCGUGGCCGUGAAGCAGCAGGUGGCCCCUCUGCAGGCCGCCGAGGUGACCGCGCUGCGCCAGAGCUGCGCCGCCUUCGAUGCCCAGCAGCAGCGGCUCCGCGAGCGCUUCGUCAGGGAGGCUCCCUUCAGGUUUGACACUGAAAAGCCUUAUCAACUGCUGGAUGCAAAGCACAUGGAGAUUAAACAGAUGGAGUCAGCCAUGACCUCGAUUUAUGAAUCAGCUGGUCUGUUUGAAGUUAUGGUGCCAGAGUAUAAGCAGCUGAAGCAGUGCAGGAAGGAGCUGUGUCUGCUCAAAGAGCUCUGGGACAUGAUCUCCUUGGUGAACACCAGCCUUGAAGACUGGCAGACCACCAGAUGGGUGGACAUUAAUGUGGAGAACAUGGACCUGGAGUGCAAGAAGUUUGCAAGAGAGAUUCGAAAUUUGGACAAGGAAAUGAGGGCGUGGGAUGCUUUCAGUGGGCUGGACAGCAAGGUGAAAAACAUGCUGACAGCCCUCAAGGCUGUGGCAGAACUUCAAAAUCCUGCCAUCAGGGAGAGGCACUGGAACCAGCUGAUGCAGGUGACAGGCGUGAGGUUUGUGAUGGACUCGGACACCACCCUGGCUGACCUCCUCAAGCUCAACCUGCAUGAAUUUGAGGGGGAAGUCCACGGCAUUGUGGACAAAGCAGUGAGAGAAAUGAGCAUGGAGAAGGUGCUGAAGGAACUGAGGGUGACCUGGAGCUCCAGGGAGUUCCAGUACGAGCCUCACCCUCGCACCCACAUCCCCUUGCUGAAGUCAGAUGAGGAGCUCGUUGAAACUCUAGAGGACAACCAGGUGCAGCUGCAGAAUUUGAUGUCCUCCAAGUAUAUUGCCUUCUUCCUGGAGGAGGUGUCUGCCUGGCAGAGGAAGCUCUCCACUGCUGACUCCGUCAUCUCCCUCUGGUUCGAGGUGCAGCGCACGUGGUCUCACCUGGAGAGCAUUUUCAUAGGCUCAGAAGACAUCAGGGCACAACUGCCCCAGGACUCCAAACGUUUUGAAGGUAUUGAUGUGGAUUUUAAAGAACUGGCCAAUGAAGUUCAGAAAACCCCAAAUGUGGUUGAAGCCACCAAUAGAGCAGGUCUGUCCCAGCAGCUGGAGGACAUCCAGAGUAGGUUGUCUCUGUGUGAGAAGGCUUUGGCUGAAUAUUUGGACAUGAAAAGGUUGGCUUUCCCCAGAUUUUACUUCAUUUCUUCUGCAGAUUUACUGGAUAUUCUUUCCAAUGGCACCAACCCACAGCUGGUGCAGCGUCACCUUUCCAAACUCUUUGACAACUUGGCCAGGCUGAAAUUCCAGGCGGACUCUGAUGAGAAGACAACCAAGGUUGGCCUGGGAAUGUACAGCAGAGAGGAGGAAUAUGUCCAGUUCAGUGAACCCUGUGACUGCAGUGGGCAGAUUGUGCUCAGGUCCCACGAGUGA